AUUGAGAACGAUAAACAAGGGAUAGACGGCCAGAAACGAGAGCAAACUGUAGACAGCGAGUCCUGCUCAACAGCAGCAGCAGCAGGUCUUGUGGUGUAGCGGGAGGAACCCAGCGGCGCCAGCACGAGUGAUUACUGAUACACGAUCGUGAAGCACACUUCUAUCCAGGGUUCACCUUGUGGGAGAAAUAAGCUGAGUUUAUUGGAUCACAACACACAUUGCGACCAUUUCAGGAAUUAUAGGAUUGUCUUGCGUUGCUGGAAGGAACUCUAUCGUGGGGAUCGGAUUGCGUAAAGUAUUCAAAAGUUUUCCAAAAAGGAAAGCAAGGAGGAAAACACUUUUGGGGGUCUUUAUUUACUGGUGCGAGCGUUUGCUAUUUAUUGUCGAACUGAUGCAGUUCCAUCCUGCUCAUAGAAGAUCAUCUUGAGUUAUUUUAUUUUUAUGUUUGGUCUUGAUUUGUUUUGCAGACGCAUUUUGUUUUUUUUUACAGCACUUACUUACCUUUUGGUCUUUUCUCUCCUGGAGGAGGGGUCUCUUAGGCCCUUUACUUGCACAGUUCCCGUGUUAUUUUUUUAUUUUGGCUUGAUGGAUAAAGGAAUGUCAGCCCCUCCUAGGAUGUACCUGUGCACCGUAAAGUUGCUACUCCUUUAUGUUGUUGUGGAGCUUGUCAUCACUGGUGGUUGGGCUCUGCUGUGUCUGCGCUGCGACGAGUCCAAGUGCGAGGAGCCCAAGAACUGCACUGGCAGCAUUGUGCUGGGCAUCUGUGGCUGUUGCUACGUCUGCGCCCGGCAGAAGAAUGAGACCUGUGGUGGGGUAUAUGGACUAUAUGGAACGUGCGACAGGGGGCUACGAUGUGUCAUCCGCCCUCCUCCUCUUAACGGCGACUCCAUCACCGUUUAUGAAGUGGGACUUUGUGAAGAUGAAAACUGGGAUGAUGAUGAUCGGCUUGGAUAUGAACCUUGCAAUGAAAACCUAAUAGCAGGUUGCAACAUUAUCAAUGGGAAAUGUGAGUGUGAUACUAUACGGACCUGUAGCAAUCCAUUUGAGUUUCCCAGUCAGGAGGCCUGUCAAUUUGCUCUAAAAAGGAUUGAAGAGGAAAAGCCUGACUGCUCCAAGGCCCGCUGUGAAGUCCAGUUUUCUCCCCGAUGUCCAGAAGACUCUAUCCUUAUUGAAGGGUAUGCUCCUCCUGGAGAAUGCUGCCCACUGCCAAGCCGAUGUGUCUGUAAUCCUGCUGGUUGUCUGAGAAAAGUUUGCCAGCCUGGCUACCUAAACAUUAUGGUGUCUAAGGCUUCUGGAAAACCUGGAGAGUGUUGUGACACAUAUGAAUGUAAACCAGUGUUCAGUGUGGACUGCAGCACAGUAGAAUGUCCUUCAGUUCAGCAAGUUACAUGCCCUGCAGACAGCUAUGAAACCCAGGUCCGUCUGACUGCUGAUGGCUGCUGUGCCUUACCUACCAGGUGUGAAUGCAUACCAGAAAUAUGUCGAGUUCCAAACUGUGAAGCUGGAACAGUGCCCCGGAUUGUCUCCCAUGGAGACGGUACUCCUGGCAAGUGCUGUGAUACUUAUGAAUGCGUUAGCGAGCUAAAACCAGCUUGCAUCUUUAAUGGAGUAGAAUACCAUGAUGGGGACAUGUUUCGAAUGGAUGCCUGCCGCUUCUGUCGGUGCCAAGGUGGUGUUUCAAUCUGUUUUAUGGCACAGUGUGGGGAGCUUAACUGUGACAGGUACUAUGUGCCAGAAGGAGAGUGCUGUCCAGUCUGUGAAGAUCCAGUACAUCCAGUUCAUAACGCUGCUGGAUGUUAUGCCAGUGGCCAGAUCCGUGCACAUGGGGACCGCUGGAGAGAAGAUGACUGCACUUUCUGCCAGUGCAUUAAUGGUGAUCCACACUGUGUAGCAACAGCAUGUGGCCAGAGCUGUCUGAACCCCGUCAAGGUUCCUGGGGAGUGCUGUCCAGUAUGUGAAGAACCAUCAUAUAUGACAAUAGCCCCUCCGAUAUGUGACACCUUGGGAAACUGCACUCUGACAGAAUGGGACUGCUUGUAUGGAUUCAAGCUGAAUGCGAAUGGGUGUCGGACAUGCCAGUGCAAAACUAAAGAUGAGCUGUGUACCAGCCUCAUAUUGGGAUGUUCCUUGGACUGUCCUCUUGGUUUCCAGACUGAUGUCCAUGGCUGUGAAAUGUGUCAGUGCCGACCUCGACCUAAGAAAUGCAGACCUGUUGUAUGUGAGAAACACUGCCCACUUGGAUAUAUGAAAAAUAAGCAUGGCUGUGAUAUAUGUCGCUGCAAGAAAUGCUUAGACCUUUCAUGUAAUAAUACUUGUCCAGUGGGCUUCAAACAGGACAGUCAUGGCUGCCCUACUUGCAAGUGCAGAGACUCGCUCACAUCCACAGCGCCGCCAGUGAAAACGAGCUCUUGUUUGUCAGUUGACGGGCGCCACCAUGACAGUGGGGAGAGCUGGCACGAUGGCUGCCGUGAAUGCUACUGCCACAAUGGACGCGAGAUGUGUGCCCUAAUCACUUGCCCCGUUCCCAACUGUGGCAAUCCUGCCAUAAAGGCUGGACAGUGCUGCCCUUCUUGCCCAGAUGACACAGGGGUUCGGACCCCCGAGUUGAGUAAUCCUUCUGUCUGCCAUGCACCUGGAGGAGAGUACUUUGUGGAAGGGGAAACGUGGAACAUUGACUCAUGCACACAGUGCACAUGUAACAGUGGCCGUGUCCUUUGCGAAACUGAGGUCUGCCCACCUUUGCUGUGCCAAAAUCCUGUCCGAUCACAGGAUUCCUGCUGUCCACAGUGUCCAGAUGAGCCCUUGAAACCACAGUCCCCAAGCAAUGAAAGUACGCCUGGUUACUGUAAAAAUGAAGAUGGUGACAUUUUCUUGGCAGCUGAGUCCUGGAAGCCAAAUGUCUGCACUAGCUGCAUUUGCAUGGAUGGUACGAUCAGCUGCUUCUCAGAGUCCUGUCCACCUGUGGCUUGUGAGCGGCCUGUGCUUCGGAAGGGCCAGUGUUGUCCAUAUUGUAUAGAAGAUACCUUGCCUAAGAAAGUGGUGUGUCAUUUUAAUGGGAAGACCUACGCUGAUGAAGAGAGGUGGGACAUUGAUCGAUGCACGCAUUGUUACUGUCUUCAGGGGCAGACCCUGUGCUCUACAGUCAGCUGUCCUGUUUUGCCCUGUAGUGAUCACAUCAGUGACGAGGGAAGCUGCUGCCCAAUUUGUCCAGAGAUGUAUGUUCCUGAACCUACCAAUAUCCCAAUAGAAAAGACAGACCGUCGAGGAGAGAAUGAUCCAGGCUUACCUUUCUGGCCAACACCGGGUGAAAAUGACAUUGCACCCCAGCUGAGAGAAAUGAAUAACCUUAAGGUGGAAUACAGAGGAGGAGACAUCCCGCUAUACAGAGAAGAUUCUUCCUUCAGUAAUAUUGCCUGGGUGAUCGUGCCGAUUAUAAUUGCCUUGGUUUUACUAGUUGCCUUGUUGUUCAUAAAUCGUAGGAAAAAAUGGAUACCAGUGCCCUGCUACAGUGCACCUACAAAGCCCACGUGCUUAAAUAAUCAGUUGGUGUAUGUCGACUGUAAGAAGGGGACCAUGGUCCACAUAGACAGUUCUCAAAGAAUGCUUAGAAUUGCAGAUCCAGACUCUAGAUACAGUGGCUUCUACAGCAUGCAGAAACAGAACAGCCUUCAGGCAGACAGUUUCUACCAAACAGUGUGAAGAGCCUUUGGAGUGAAUUCAAACAUGAAACAGAGUGAGAAACUCAGACUCAGCCUACUAUCAAAAAUAAAACUAAAAUAUUGUGCACUUGCUAAUGGAUUGUAUUGGACUUUUUGACUUCAUGUACAGCUUUGAGACUUCACUGGGAUGGGCUCUUUUUCCUGCAGUGUGCCAGAACUAAGCAUUCCUGCUUCAUCUUGCAAUAACUGACCAAGUGUUUGACAGAACACUGUAGCACCAAAGUUUGGGAAUCACUCUACGGUUUUGGGGGUGGCGUGAAAGAUGCAUGGAUGAUAACAAAGAACGGGACUUGCCAGACACCCUGAUACUGACUUUUCUCGCUGCUCUGAGUCUGCUUAUAAAUUUACUAAGCCUAACCCACUUCGAGCUAGCAAAACAAACACAGGCUUUAGAGAGAAAAACAAUACAAAACAAACAAAAAAAAAAAACAUUAAUUUUCACUGCAUAUACUAUAGACAGGAAUCUUCAAAGCCCCAGCCCUAAGAUGGUGGAAAAGUAUUCUGGAAACAUGAAUCCUGUGAUAGUUAAAAGUAACAGCAACUCUAAAGGGUGGGUUAACCAAGGACAUUAAAGUUAUACUGUGUGCUGCUUUUUGAGUUUUAGUUUCCCUAAAUAAAAUCAUCUGAUCUGCCAGUUACUGGCAAAGUAAACAGAUGACUGUCUUCAAAGUUAGUACAUGACUAGGCCUGAAUCCCAUCCCAUGGUAUGAUCACUGGAGUUUUUGCAAUGCAUCAUCAAUGAAAAAAAGUGAAGAAGAAGCCAGAGGUUUCACCAAGAGUAUUUUUCUUUCUUUUUUUGUUUUUUGGUUAUUAUUAUUGUUAUUAUUUUUUUUUAUUUUUUUUUUGUUUGUUUUUUUAACCCCUCUCUGGCAGUUUUGACAUUUCAGAAGGUGAAAUAAGUAUGUUAUAUUUGUUGGGGGCAACAUAAUUCUUGGUUAUAGAUAAGAGAAACACAGAGAGACUGUAUUUUUCCUUAUUUACUGAUUAUACAGACUAGAUACUGCUUCCAUGUUUGGAAGCUGCUUACCUGUAUGUUACUCAAGCACCUUUUCUGAAGCUCAGAAAAAAGGAGAUUAUGCUUAUAAAAACUAGCAGUAUAGGAAUAUUUAUGUAAAUAUAUAUUAUGCUAUGAAAAAGAAAAAAAAACAAAAGUAUUUGUACAUAUAAAUUUUCUAUGUUUUUUCCCUGUUGAAUGUAUUUAUAUCUGAGGAAGUAAGUUUAUCCAAACAGAAAUAGAUUAACAGGCAUUCCAUUGUGAUGCAUGAUUGCUUGUGUGUUUGGGAAGAGAGAAGCAUCUUGUUCUACCUAGUUUUAAUUUUAUUUUUGUGUGUGUGCCUUUUACUGACAGCUUGGCAUUGCUCUUGCUACUAAGUAUUUACUUUUUUUUCUGUUAAAUGUUUGCCUUAAAAAGGCUUCUGAUUGAGCUGGCUGGAAAUACAGAUGGCAGCAGGUUUACCACCACUUAUUAAAUUAGUGGUGUACUUUUUACCAGCUUCCCAUAUUUUUUUUCUUGUUUUUGUUUUAUUUUAUUUUGUUUUCAUUUCUAAAUGCUUCUGAUAAAAACUACUGGAAUGUCCAUAAUAAGCUGGAAGUUUUUGAAAUCAUAAUUUGCUUAGAUGUUAUAUCUUUCACUGUCGAAACAGGAUUUUGUUUUAAACUGAUCUGGGCACUUUCUUGUAAUUACCUGGGACAAUGAAAAUCUGCUGUUUUGUGUUGUUGUAUUUUGUUUGCCUAGACACUGCCUGUAUCUUUGGAAGGUAGUAAAGAGGAACACGAAGAAUGAAAUGUCCCCUUAGUACAUGUUUGCUUCUCAGUCACUUCACAUUCACGGCACCUUGUUUUCAUUAAUAGUGUUUUAGUGAUGUAUUCAUAAUUCAUCUUAAGUAACAGCUAGUGUACCUCUCUGUUUAGCUCACCAUAAACGUGUAGUACAUUAUAGGUGGUGUUUUCUAACCUGUAAAGAGGAACCUUUGGAUAUCAUUUUGUAUGAGUACCUCCAUAUGCAGUAACUUUUUCUCUCCCCAGCUUGUUUCCAGUUUCAUGCAUUUUACCCUCUUUAUUUUUCUUUAAAUAUAGCUGCCCAGAUUGCUUAUUGUGAAACUUUAAAAAAAUUAAAAAAAAUACUGUUUUAUAAAUGAACUCAAGUAUUGUUGUAAAUAUUUGAGCAAACUUGCAGAACUUUAAAGGAUGGGAAAAUAAUUUAUUGUUUUAGUGACCUAAUUUAUUAGUGUGAAGAUUAACAGAAUUAUUUUUUUAAGAAUACCAGUGGAUGUUCUAGUUUUGAAUCAGCAUAUGAUAAAUGUUCUGGUUCAUUAAUAGUUGAGAUUAUUUUCUGUGUGCAAAGCCUAACUGCCCCCACAGGAAAAGAUAUAGUUAUUGAAAAUUUGUCACUUUUUGUUUGUAUUACUGGAUCAGAUUGGUUUUCUGUCCAGUCAGCAGAGGGAGGAUCUCAUUUAUAUAGUAUCAUCCAUUCCUGGUGUGAUAGAAAGCAAUUCUCUUGAAAAAAAAUAUAUCAACAUAUUUUAAGUGCUUGCUGUUUUUUUUUUUUAUUUGAGGUCAUAUUCUGAAAAAAAAUAGCAGGAUAUAGAGACUUCAUUAUGAUUUUUUAAGUAUAAUUUCUUCUAUGUACUGUAUACAUUACACUCUAUUUUGGUUAUAUUGUGCUCAUGUAAAAGAAGGCGGAUUUGAUUUCUAAAGAUGAUAGAUGCAUUAUGUGGCACUUGGAUUGCACUGCAGUUCUGCAGUUUGCUUGUUUACUUUUUUAACUGUAUGGCAAUUUCUUGUACUUUGGCUCUUGGCAGCACAAUAAAAUAAAUUUAAGUCAAACAUCA